GCAGCAGUUUUGCAGUUUUCCUCCGUUCGCCGUCAGACAUUUUCAAGUCGUAGAAGGUACCGAAUCGUAAGUUCCUCAUCUUUUGUGCAAAUUUUCCUGUUUUCUGUCGAAUUUUGUGUUGGUUUUUGGCUUUCUAAAUAGUUCCAGUUGGUGGGCGCCCGCGUGCAUUGACAACCGAUAUCAAAAUCAGUGUUUGUGUGUGAGCCCGAACGAAACAGACCGGAAAACCCAGCAGCCAGCCAGAUCGACCGUGUUCAUCUUCGCACUGUUAUCGGGGAAACCACCACCAGUCGUAGCCCAUCAUCCAUCCAUCUCGUCUCGUCUCGUCACAAAGUUGUGAAUUGAGCAAAGAUCGCCUCGAGUGGCGCUAGCGUUUUAUAUGACUUUAGAAAGAAUCCAAGAAACACCAGCACUCAAAGGAGCACCGCUUUCUCCUCUCUUACGGAGUUUAGGUGGUACAUUGUGCAUGAUUUCACAAACGCGUAGCAUUAGUCACAGGACUUCGAAAUAUUCCAGCAAUAGACAUCGGAAGCUGCAACCGUUUAGGGAAACGUGAAGAUCCUGUCUCCUCGUUCCACAUUCGAAGACCACACACGCUGCUGCUGUUGCUGCAUAGGCCGGCUUCAAAAUCAGAAACAACACAAUACAACACAAUAUCCGAGAUUUACCACGUCUAGGCAAUUCAGUGAGUGACGAGAGGUGAUUAUUUUUCGACUGAUUGGACUUUAACAAAGCUCGAGUAGAGGAGGAAGAAGAGGAAGAAGUACACAAUAAAAAACCGGAAGUAUUCUUCGCGUCUACGCGUGCGCGCGCGCGGACAAAGCCACGCCAUCGAACGGUGGUUAUGGUUUUUACGACGACGACGCUGUGUGAAAACAAUCAAGUGUGACUGUAGCACCGCGCAAAAUUAGUUCUGGAUUUAGGUUGCUAACGCGUCGCAAUCGGCUUUAUCACGUUUUCGGUUUAGUUUGGUUUAGUUUUUCUGCAAACUCGACAAGUUUUCCUUCUUUCUCUCUCGUUGCGUUAUUUAUGUUAUUCUAACCGAUUGUUUACUUAACAGUUGGCUACCGCGCUGACCGUUUCUGUUUAGUUCUUUUGUUAUUGUUUCUUUUUGUUUUUUAUUUUCUCACCCUCACCCGCACACGUUUUGUGGUGGUUCUAGAUAACGCUGCGCUAAGCAAAAUCCCAAAGCCGUACCGUCUCUCCUCACGAAGAAAGAGCGCGCGCAGCAGUCCUGUUCCGUUCCGUCGAUUUGAUUGGAAUUUGUUUUGGAAUCCAUCCGUGUGUGUGUUUGAGUGUGAGAGAGUUCGCGCGCUCGUCCUAUCGGCAGAAGAGCAAGUGAUUCAACCCCCCAACCAUACAAAUGCUUUUGAUAUUAUCUGCGAGACCGCAAAUCGAAGACGGAGAUUCAGUUUCAAACGCCGACGCCCAAGUCGCUGUCGUCGACGUGAGUUACAGUAAAAGUGACUACAACAAACAACAACGCGGACAUUGCGCUUGUUGAGCACGCCUCAGACGCAAACCGACUGUUGAUCACUGCAGAUGAAUUUGGUCUGUGAAGAAGGAAGGAUUCGCUAGAAGGCAUCCUGGCAGAACUGUUUGUCCCCUUGAUUGUGGAAACUGUACAGACGCGCACACGUUCAGAGUAAAGUUUGGGAGUCACACGGAUCGUUUACAUUUCGAGUGUUUGAAUUGAAAGAAGCGAAGGCAAGAUGGGUACUGUCAACGUGAACCGCAACGUGACCGAUGUGUUCUACAGGUACAAGAUGCCACGGCUGAACGCCAAGGUCGAAGGAAAAGGUAACGGCAUCAAGACUGUUCUAGUCAACAUGUCAGAUGUGGCGCGCGCUAUCGGACGCCCCGCGACCUACCCGACCAAGUACUUUGGCUGUGAGCUCGGAGCGCAGACUCAAUUCGAUUACAAGAACGAACGUUUCAUCGUCAACGGCUCGCACGACGCGAACAAGCUGCAGGAUCUGUUGGACGGGUUCAUCCGCAAGUUUGUGCUGUGUCCGGAGUGCGACAAUCCCGAAACGGACCUGGUGGUGUCGUCGAAGAAGGGAACUAUCUCGCAGGGCUGCAAGGCCUGUGGGUUCCACGGUCCGCUCGAGGUCAACCACAAGGUGAACACGUUUAUCAUCAAAAACCCGCCGAAUUUGAACCCGGCCUCGCAGGGUGCUUCGUUGACCGAGGGCAAACGCAAGCAGCGCAAGAAGGGCGAGAACGGCGACGAUUCGAACGCCCAGGACGGUGACACUACGGUCGCAGACGACACGAUCAACUCGUCGCAGGCUGGUGGCGAUGGCGAUGAUGAUGACGAUGUCAACUGGACGGUGGACACCUCGGUGGAAGCGGUCCGGGCUCGUAUGCAAGAUCUGACCGAUGGAGCUAAGAACAUGACAGUUUCGGACGACAUUGACAAACCCGAGAAGGAGCGUAUGGACAUUUUCUACGAGCUGGUCAAGAAAGAACGUGACGCCGGCACGCUGGACAAUGCCCAAACCCGCAAGGAACUCGCCACCGAGGCCAAGCGGCUGGACAUCCAAGCCAAGGCCCCGCUAGUGCUGGCCGAGUUGCUCUUCACGGCCAACAUUGUCCAGGAAGCCCGCAAGCAUCGUAUUCUGCUGCUGCUCUUCACCCACGAUGACGUUAAGGCACAAAAGUACUUUAUCGGUGGCUUGGAACAGAUCAUCUCGCUUCACGCUGAUAAGCUGAUGGACAAGGUGCCCGGUAUUCUGAAGCUGUUCUACGACAGUGACAUCCUCGAGGAGAAGGCCAUCCUGGAGUGGUCCCAGAAGGUGAGCAAGAAGUACGUCUCCAAGGAAAUUGCCACCCAGAUCCACGAGAAGGCCACGCCGUUCAUCAAAUGGCUGCAGGAAGCCGAGGAGGAGGAGUCUUCCGAGGAGGAUGAUGACUCCGAGGUCGAAAUCGAGUACGACGAUCGCGCAAAGACCGAUUCACUGCGCACGGGAGCCGCCAAACCCGAAGUCAAGAAACCCAAGGCCGACGACGAAGAAGACGGUGACGAUCUCAACAUUGACGAUAUCUAAAUGUAUGUUUCUCUUGUCGAAUUCAAAUUUGUUAAAUUCCCAAUUCCAACCGUUGCAAAACAAACAAAAAACUAAUUUAAGAAGCCAUGAACCAUUAAUCUACAACAUAAUAUUCGGUCAAACAAACACAAACAGAAACAGCUUAAUGUCUUAGAUGAAAAAAUUAAACAAAAAUCAUAAAAAUAUGAAAAGGUAAACAUAUAGAUAGAGAGCCGGUCAAUUUUGAACGUUUGCAACCCAGCUUGAUAUUCGUCUGAUUGUGUCCAAAUCGCGAAGAUUGUUCCUUAUACCCGCCACCGCUUCGUUUGGCUACUCGGUUUACAAAUGAAAACAAGCACAGCACAGCACUUUUUUCCGUCAGCUCUCGUUAGGAUUAUAUUUUGAUACGCGCUAGGUUAUUUCGCCCUCGUUUCGUUCAUGUUCACGACCUUUUAUUUGAUAUAUAAAUUCACUGGGUUUGUAUCAAGAAGCUAAGUUUUUUUUAACGAGUCAUGCAAUUUCCUAACACAGAGACAGAGCAAAAAAAAAAUGUAAGUGAAUGUUCGAUUUGUUUGAGAGAAAUACACUACUAGCCGGUCGGAACAUUAUUGUAAUCAAAAUAUGUUUAUCAGAAUACACAAUUUUGAGAUGGUAAAAUGCA